AUGAUAACUUUAUUGCUAAUCGUCGCACUUUCCCAGUUGUCUUCAACGGCUCCAAUACUUGAGCUGACACCAGGAAAAGUGCAAGGAUUCGAACAUCAAACAAAACAAAAUGCCACAGUAGAAGUAUUUCUCAACAUACCAUAUGCUGCACCUCCCGUAGAUGAGCUCAGAUUUGAGAGGCCCAAAGCUGUGACGCCGUGGGCGGAUGUACGCAGCGGUGAAAAAUUCGGACCUCAGUGUCUUCAGUUAGUCCAAAUGGAGAACACUAGCGAAGAUUGCUUAACGCUUAACAUAAUUCGACCAAGGAUUGAGGGCCAGUCGACAAGCCUACCUAUACUUUUCUGGGUCCAUGGGGGCGGAUACGAACUGGGUUCAGCUACGCAAUUUGGUUACGAAGGUUUCGCAAACAUUUAUGCAUCCAAAGGCAUUAUAGUGGUCUCAAUACAAUAUCGUCUUGGUGUUUUUGGAUUCUUUUCCACGGGCGAUGAGCGCAUUUCUGGAAACUUAGGAUUAUUCGACAUGGCAGAAGCGCUGAAGUUCAUAUACACGAAUGCUGAAAACAUCGGCGGAGACUGGACACGCAUCACCGUAUGGGGCCACAGUGCAGGCUCAGCGGCAACAGGACAACUUGCCCUAAGUCAACUGACUCGAGAGUAUAUCGCUCAAACCAUUGAAAUGUCCGGCUCUCCCUGGGGAUCAUGGGCUAUAGGAGCUGGUGUAGCACAUAACUCUUUUGAACUGGCAGAGGCUCUUGGAUGUGAGGCAGACAUCAAAGCUUGUUUGAAGAAAAAAACUGUCAAUGAGAUAUAUGAAGCCGUCGACAAAGUCGAGUUCAUACGGUUGGUGUACGUGGGAGAUCGUUUAGAAGAUUUUACGGGUGACAUUGUAUCCUUUUACGUUGAUAGAGAUGAAGAACCAAAAUCAGAAUUCUAUAUCAACCGCUAUACAGAGUUCGUUAGCAAUCUGCUAUUUGAAGCGGCAAUCGUCGACGAUAUACAGUCCCGUCAAAAGGCUGGAUGGACUGUGUAUGCUUAUAUGCUUGAUUACUAUAAUGAUGCGAUUUGGAGAGAUGUUCCCAAAGCACUGAGAGGAGCGCCACAUGCCAGCGAAUACCCCUACGUCCAUGGCAUAAACGUUUUGAGCCCAUUUGAAUUCAACGAAGACGAUCGGACAGUCGCGAAUUUUUUCCGAGAAUCGUUGGUCGAAUUUAUCAAGACAGGGAUCCUAUCACAUCAUAAUAAAUCUUGGUUGAAUAUCAGCAGUGAUCCAAAUAUUCGUUACACUCAAAUAACUCCACAUCCACAGACGAAUACAGGGUUUUUCAAUUUGACUGCUGCCUUUUGGCAAAGAAUGCGAUUGUAUGAUUACGACAUGGUUCAGCUACUACCUAGAAACAAAAGAAAAGCAGCAUAUUCUCAAUGGCUCUAUGUUCCGAUGUUGCAAUCUCCCCAAGCUUGCUUGAUUCUAUGGAUAAUCGGCUUUUGCUCAUCAGCGCAAGUUCUCGAACUAAAACCAGGAAAAAUUUUGGGGUUCACGUACAAGACGAAAAGUGGUAGAAUAGCGGAGAUUUUCCUAAACAUACCGUAUGCAUCUCCGCCGGUUGAUGAAUUGAGAUUUGAGAAACCCACACCUGUAAAGCCAUGGAAGAACAUUCGUAAUGGGACCGCACUUGGCCCCGCAUGCCAUCCAGUUCUACCGGGAGUGGGAUUCACAAAUGUUCCAAGCAGCGAAGAUUGCCUUACGCUCAAUAUAAUUCGACCCAAAAAAGAAAAACAACCCGAAUCUCCUCGUUCUCCUAUACUUAUCUGGAUCCAUGGCGGAGGUGGUCAAUUUGGUUCAGCUCAUGAUUUCGGAUACGAGGAUUUUGCUGAUAUUUACAUACCGAAUGACGUCGUCGUGGUUAUCAUACAGUAUCGUCUAGGAGUCUACGGUUUCUUUUCCACUGGGGACCAACGCAUGCCAGGAAAUCUAGGACUGUGGGACAUGGCAGAGGCUGUCAAGUUUGUGCAUUCGAAUGCAAAAAGUAUCGGAGGCGAUGCUUCACGAAUUACGGUAUGGGGCCACAGUUCGGGCGGUGCAGCUGCCGGUCAACUUAUUCUCAGCCCGGUUACCAGAGAUUACGUCGCACAAUCAAUUGAGAUGUCGGGCUCACCUUGGGCAGCUUAUGCGAUUGGAGCAUUUGUGGCAACCAAUUCAUUAGCACUCGCUGAGAAACUGCAAUGUGGUGACGAUAUCAGAACAUGCCUUAAAGGAAAGUCUGCUGAGGAGAUCAAUGAAGGCAUACGACAGCUGGUUAGUACUAGCAGAACUUUCUUCCAAAAGAUUAUAAAUUUGCUUUUAUGGCUCUCUGUCAAAUGGUAUGAGAAUGAUGAAAUGGUCGCUUCUGCAAAACCAAAGGCCUCCAUUAUUGGAAUGACGAAUAAAGAGGCAACAGCAUUCACUCUACUAGCAGCAGCAGCCAAUUUUCAUAAAUUUUUUGUCGAUCCACAAGAUUACUCGAUAUGGAAUAGAGGGAAACUAAUCAAUGAGCUAAAGAAGUUGAUGCGAUCGGUGUAUAAUGGCGAAUAUCAAGAAAAUCUAAUCAAUGACAUUGUAUCUUUCUAUAUCGAUAGGGGAGAAAAGAAGAAUCCUGAAUUUUAUAUUGAUCGCUUUGCAGAGUUUAUAAGCGACGUAAACUUCAAUGUUCCUGCUGUAAAUGGCAUUCUCUCUCGACUUCGCACGGAUUGGAAAUUGUAUGCCUAUACUCUUGAUUAUUACAAUGACGCCUUAUUCCAGGAUGAAGUUCCUAAUAAAUUAAGAGGAGCACCACAUGGCAGCGAACUUCCGUAUGCUAAUGGUGGAAAUUACUUUGAAAAGUUUGAGCAUGAUGCAAACGAUCGAGUCGUUGCCGGUGUCUUCCAACAAUCAUUUGCUACUUUUGCCAAGACAGGUACUCCUAUGAAUGAUCGAGAAGUAUGGCUGGACGUUGGUACAGAUCCAGACCUUCGCUAUCUUAGCAUCUCCGAUAAGACAAAAAUGAAGACGGGAUUCUUUGGAGAAAGCACUUCAUUCUGGAACAAGACACGCGAAUAUGGUUUCGACAUGCUGCAAGUGCUGCCAGCAACAUUUUCACAAGGAAAGAAAGAGGAACUUUGAGUAGCAAAUUUUUUGAAUAAUUUUUGUGGUUUUAAACAUUCUAAAGUUUGUGAACAUUGCUUUCUGCAAUUACUCACUCGCCAAUUUCAUCAAGAUCAUAGCCUAGGGUAGGGGAACGAACUCCUCUAGUUAGAGCCUGUCUUCGUUGGCAACUGGUCCUUUCGCU